AUGUCUACAUUUUCAUACAAUGGAGAUGGCGAACCAGAUUCCUUUAGCCUUGCUGAACUGCAAUCAGUUGUUGAUCUUUAUUUCUUGACAAGCUGCAAGCUGGAGAAACUGGCUGAAGGAGGUUAUCACAAGGUAUACGAUAUCUUGCGAUCAGAUGACACACCUCUUGAUGCUGUCGUUCAAGUGGCUGCUCCUGCAUUUCCAAAGCACAAGCUUGAUUUGGAGGUCUCAACAUGCAAGAUGAUCGCUGCAUUCACAAAUAUACCUGUUCCACAAAUCUAUGCAUGGAACUCUGAUGUAUCAAAUCCUGUUGGAGCAGAAUACAUGAUCUUAGAUAAAAUUAAAGGGAUGCCUGCUAGCUAUGACUGGGACAAUCUCUCUGAAGAGGUCAAGAAGACUGUGGUGUCGCAGGUUGCAUGCUAUUUCUUGGAGAUGUUCUCUCUUCAAUUUGAAAGUUCUGGAUCUCUCUACUUGAGUCCUCUUUCACCUCAAUUCCUCAUUGGACCAAUAAUCAGCACACCAUUCUACUGUGCUCUUGCAUCAGUGAACACAUGA